AUGGCUGCCAGAAUGAGACUCGGGAGCAUGGAGUACUUUUGUGAUGUGGUCAUCAAUUUAUAUCAAAAGGAGUUCUUACGUAGGCCGACAUCUCAUGACGUUGCUCUCAUCACACAAACUCAUGAAGAAAUAAAUCACAUUCUAGGAAUGCUUGGUAGUUUUGAUUGUGCACACAUCGAAUGGAGGAUGUGCCCUAAACACUUAAAAGGACAAUACACGAGGGGUGAUCACAAGCAGUCGCCGUUGUUUCAAAACGAGCGUAAUGGAUCCGCGCCAGACAGUUCAUUUAGCGUAAAUGGACAUGAUUACUACCUUACCGAUGGAAUCUAUCCUAGGUGGGCUGCGUUUGUUAAAGCUUAUCUGCAUCCAGUGGAACAAGAUGAAAAGAAAUUUAAAAGACUACAGGAGGCUGCAAGAAAGGAUGUUGAGCGGACGUUUGGUGUUUGA